AUGGAUUUUGCCUUAUCUAUGGUGUUGAAGGUCAUCCUCACGGACGCCGAUGUCGCCAUGACCUCGGCCGUAGCUUCUGUCUGGAAGGGUACGCAACACCUCUUCUGCCUGUGGCACGUCAACAAGAACCUUGUCAAGAAGUGUGCCGGCGCCCUGUCCGACCACGACCGAACGCGGAUGCUUCGUUCCUUCCGCAGCGCAGCUUAUGCAGUUAAUGCCGAGGUGAGGUUCGAGGCCUCGUCGCCUGCGCCAGGGACGCUUUUCCGCUCAAAACUCUCCGACUGCUUAGGCAGCUAUUUGAUCCAAACAUGGCCAAACAUGGCCUUGCCUGUUGCAACCCGCCACCGUUGCGCGUAUUUCCAGGCCUUCGCAUCCAGCAGGGGUCAGAUGGAGCAGAUUUCUGCGGGAACGAAGUGCGAGGAAUACGUCGACAACCUAUUCAAGAACAAGUCGAAGUGGGCGUUCUACUGCCGGACGACGACUCUCGCCCUAGGCAUGGCUGCUACCCAACGCGUGGAGGGCUUGUUCUCUGUGGCGAAACGUACGGGAGUUAUCAAGCAGUUGUCUCUCUGCGCUCUUUGGGACGUCUUGAGACGUGUCGAGACGUCCCUAGCGAUUGAGAACGCUAGGCGAGUUUCAUGGAGUUACCACUCCCGGAUUUCAGAGGAAUUACCGCUUCUUCCGGAGGACGCGGCAAACUUCCUCGCUACCCUCCGGAGCGACCCCGGGAUGUACGUCGCCAACAUAUUUGACGACCCCGGGAGGCUGGUUAACGUGUUCUGGGCCACCGCCGACCAGCAGGAGAGGGCGGCGAGAUUUGGGGGGUGCAUCCAGAUGGACACCACCGUCUUCGCGAACAGGUACGGAUGCCCAGUUCUUCUGUUCGUGGGUGUUGAUGACGAGAACCGUAGCUGCAUACUGGGCCAGGGUCUCCUACGCUCGGAAUGCGCAGAGACGUUCGAGUGGUUCCUCACUCAAUACGAGAGCGCCGCUGGUGGAUGGGAACGGCGGCCGAAGAUGGAGCAGAUUUCUGCGGGAACGAAGUGCGAGGAAUACGUCGACAACCUAUUCAAGCUCGCAACUCCGGCCAUCGCUGCGCAGCUGCCCUUCCAGGAGAAGCACAUGGAGAACUUUUUCACGCCGAUCAACGAAGGACUUCAGCGUGUCGGUGCCAGCCAAUUCUGCACGCGGGACGUCCGACGCGAGCUCGGGGGAUCGCAGUCGUACGACGUGGAGCGCAUCGUCGACCGCCAACCCGCCCAAGACCCCGUCAAGGUGGGGCAAAUUUCCGACUUUCGAGAGCGCCUCAACCUCUUGCAACCGCCGCCACCCGCCACGGACCUCGACGAAGGAUGCGAGAAUGGCCGUGAGGGAGGAUCCCUCGUCGACACCAGCAUGUGGGCGCGCACCUCUCUGGAGGAUUUCUUGUCCCUGACCCAAGAUGUUCCUACCUCUGCGAUCUUCGCCGUGCGGUACAAGCUUACCCCCAAUCGGCCGAGCCACCUGAUGGUUUUCGGCCCCGGGGACUUUCACUUGUGCUCAUGCUUACGGCUCCUGCAGCACGGCCUACCGUGCAGACACUACUUCGCAGUUCUUCUUAGCUUCAUCGGCGAGAAGGACUUGCCUGGGUCUGGCCACACCUUCAACGCCGCGUGUGUGCACAACCGCUGGAGACAGGCGCCCGACGUGGACGACGAGCCUUGGAGCGUCUCACUCGUGUUGGGAUCAGCAGGGCACGGCGGCGGCUGGGACGGGCUUCACGACAACGACGAUGACGUCGCCCCUACCUAUGACAACAAUGGCGACAUGGAUGGCGCGCUUCCCCAGGAUGCGAGAAAGGUGGCCGAUCAGCGCCGAGCGUUUGCCACCAUGAUGGUAAAGAGUAAGGAAAAUGUCAGCGAGAUAUUGAGGUCGGUCACCACCGCCGAGGCGNCCGAUCAGCGCCGAGCGUUUGCCACCAUGAUGGCAAAGAGUAAGGAAAAUGUCAGCGAGAUAUUGAGGUCGGUCAACACCGCCGAGGCCCUAGAGAUCCAGAGAGCGGUCGACGAGUGUGUUAAGUUCCAACUGACUAAGAGGCUAGGCAUGCUCGACGGUACUGCAAUAGGUCCCGGCAAUCCAGAGAUGGCCCCUAAGAAGGGGAGGCCGAAGGGUUCAACAAAGCAGGCUACCGGUACCAUCGGCCAAAGUAAAGCUAGAAGCAGAAACCCUGAGGGACAGAUGGGCACAACUCUUAAAAAUACAAGGUUCAGGGAAUCGUACGGGCCCNCAGAAACCCUGAGGGACAGAUGGGCACAACUCUUAAAAAGACAAGGUUCAGGGAUUCGUACGGGCCUGGGUCUGGACGUGGGAGGAGAGCGAGGGGGGAUGGACAAUCGGCGAGUGGAAACGCCUCGUAGACCUGAGUAUGCUCGCGGCCGGUGUGCGGAUGGCGACGAUGGACUUCGGCUUACCUCGCCCAGUGUCGCGACGUUGGCACACUAA